GGCGCCUGUUGUGAUGGGGGUGGGGCGGCACGGAAAGUCUGCGGAAUAACAGAUCGGGAAAAGAAAAUCAUACCUCUCAGUAAGAACCACCAACGAACGACCAGGAAAGGAAAACGAUAGUGAGACCUGCAUUAGUGAGACCUUUAGACGCAUAUUCCGCUGAGAAGCGGAACUCUUGUAGUGGAUGCCUAAGUUUCCUGCCCGGAUUUUGACAAGCGCUUCCGUUGCUCAGCGGAAGCGUGGGUCGCAGAGGACAACUCUUGGAAGAACCCGCCAUCGGCUGUGAGGAAAACUAGAAUCAUGUCGAGUUUGUCAGUGAGAGACCCGGCAAUGGAUCGAUCACUGCGGUCUGUGUUCGUGGGGAACAUUCCGUAUGAGGCAACUGAGGAGCAGUUGAAGGACAUUUUCUCGGAGGUGGGUUCCGUUGUCAGUUUCCGGCUCGUAUACGAUAGAGAGACUGGAAAGCCCAAGGGUUAUGGUUUCUGCGAGUACCAAGACCAGGAGACCGCGCUGAGUGCCAUGCGGAACCUCAAUGGGCGCGAGUUCAGCGGGAGAGCGCUGCGGGUGGACAACGCUGCCAGUGAAAAGAAUAAGGAGGAGUUGAAGAGCCUAGGGCCUGCAGCGCCCAUCAUUGACUCCCCUUAUGGGGAUCCCAUCGACCCAGAAGACGCUCCCGAAUCGAUUACCAGAGCAGUGGCCAGUCUUCCUCCAGAGCAGAUGUUCGAGCUGAUGAAGCAGAUGAAGCUCUGUGUGCAAAACAGUCACCAGGAAGCUCGAAACAUGUUACUUCAAAACCCACAACUGGCUUAUGCGCUGUUGCAGGCACAGGUGGUCAUGAGAAUCAUGGAUCCUGAGAUUGCCCUGAAAAUUCUACAUCGUAAGAUACAUGUUACUCCACUGAUCCCAGGCAAAUCUCAGUCUGUCUCUGGCCCUGGCCCUGUUUCUGUCUCUGGCCCUGGCCCUGGCCCUGUUUCUGUCUCUGGCCCAGGCCCUGUUUCUGGCCCUGGCCCUGUUUCUGGCCCUGGCCCUGCACUUUGCCCAGGACCCAAUGUUCUGUUGAACCAACAGAAUCCUGCAGCACCUCAGCCUCAGCAUUUGGCAAGAAGACCGGUGAAAGACAUUCCUCCUCUGAUGCAGACUUCUAUCCAGGGUGGAAUUCCAGCUCCGGGGCCCAUAGCAGCUACAGUUCCUGGACCUGGACCUGGUUCCUUAACUCCUGGAGGGGCGAUGCAGCCACAGGUUGGGAUGCCAGGGGUCGGCCCAGUCCCUUUAGAGCGGGGACAAGUGCAAAUGGCAGAUCCUAGAGCUCCUAUACCUCGUGGCCCCAUGACUGCUGCUGGCCUUCCUCCUCGAGGACUAUUAGGAGAUGCUCCAAAUGACCCACGUGGAGGGACUUUGCUUUCGGUUACUGGAGAAGUAGAACCCAGAGGUUAUCUGGGUCCACCCCAUCAGGGUCCUCCUAUCCACCAUGCCUCUGGUCAUGAUAACCGCGGCCCUUCUGCACAUGAUAUGAGAGGAGGGCCAAUAGCAGAUGCCAGACUGCUCAUUGGAGAGCCCAGAGGACCUAUGAUGGAUCAAAGAGGUCUACCUAUGGAUGGUAGAGGAGGUAGAGAGUCUCGAGGGAUGGACACUCGAGUGAUGGAAACUGAGGUUUUAGAGUCCCGAGUGAUGGAACGAAGAGGAAUGGAGACCUGUGCUAUGGAAACCAGAGGGAUGGAAGCAAGAGGCAUGGAUGCAAGAGGACUGGAAAUGCGGGGCCCUGGACCUAGUUCUAGAGGCCCUAUGACUGGUGGAAUUCAGGGACCUGGUCCCAUUAAUAUAGGGGCAGGUGGCCCUCAGGGACCUAGACAGGUCCCAAGCAUAUCAGGAGUGGGGAAUCCUGGAGGUGGUAUGCAGGGGGCAGGCAUGCAGGGAGCAGGCAUGCAGGGAGCAGGCAUGCAGGGAGCAGGCAUGCAGGGAGCGGGCAUGCAGGGAGCGGGCAUGCAGGGAGCGGGCAUACAGGGGGUGGGCAUGCAGGGGGCAAGCAAGCAAGGUGGAGGCCAGCCUAGCAGUUUUAGUCCUGGGCAGAGCCAGGUAACUCCACAGGAUCAAGAAAAAGCAGCUUUGAUCAUGCAGGUUCUCCAACUAACUGCAGAUCAGAUUGCCAUGCUCCCUCCAGAGCAAAGGCAGAGUAUCCUGAUUUUAAAAGAACAAAUCCAGAAAUCCACUGGAGCUUCUUGAAAGGUUUUAGAAAGUUUGGCUGUAUCUCAUAAAGUUAAUUCGCUAGUGUAGAAAUUCUGUAGUGUAGAGUAUGAGUGUGGAAAGUUGACUUCUGCAUCCCCACACUUUAUUGAUUAGUUUCCCUUUUAGAACCUAAUCUCAUUUAUUGUUUUUUCAUUUUUUUUUCUGUUUUUUUUUUAAUUGAGGGUAAAGGGGAGAGGGAGUUGUUCUGUUCAUUUUAAGUCACUGUAAAUGUGCAAAAGUAACACUGAAAAUGAUUACAUUAUGCCAAGUAAGAUAACAAAAUAUGCAGCAAUAUUGAAAUGUCUGUAAUAUGUUAAUUACAUUUUUAAAAAAUUUAGUAAACCUGUGAAAACUGCACUUAAAGACUAAAAGGUGACCUGUUAAAAUGCUAAUGUACUGUUUUAUGAAUAUUUGGUUAUAUAACAAAUUUACCUCAAAGUUACAUAUUUUUGGUAAACCAUUCAAAAUACAAAAUACUAUUUUAGAGGCAAUAGACUGCUGUAUUAUAUUAAACAUUGUUUCAGUUCUUUUGGAAUAAUUUUGAAAUGUUAGACCUGACAGGAUGAGUAAAUUGGUGGUACCAGCAUUGUUUUUUAGAAGCUAUGUUACCUUAAAAAAUCAGGGACUAUCUGGUUUUUUGUUGCCUCAUGUAUCUUACUUUUUAUGGACUAGCAAUAAUUCUGGCAUGGUCCUUACUGUAAUAAUUUUGUUGGAAUAGUUGUAGGAUAAUCCCAAGUUUACUUAAGUUUCCUCUGAAGGGAUCUAAUAACCUUUCAAUAUCUUUCUAUUUCUUAGAACUCUUUAAGCCCUAAAUUUGACCCUCAGAAUUCUCUCAGAUCCUUGGCAAAAAUCAGUGUCAAGGGACCUUUUGAUCUGAAUGAGUAACACAUGGCAGUGGGCUUUUCAUAAGUACUAGAAAAUCUCAUUCAGUUAUGUUCCAAGUUCCUAUGGUAAUUAGCAUCCAUAUAUAUGGUGUCCAUUUGGUCAACUGGUUUGGGGUUUAAAAAAUCUUGAUCUCAAUAUUUACCUUUUUAAUUUUCAUAAACUGGUUUUUUUUUACCAUUUUAGCAGAAUACUUGAGGCCUAGGUAGGUAGAGAUAGCCCUAUAAAUUCAAUACUCUGUUCGCUUGACUUGUUAGUCAUUUCACUUUUUACAAAUAUUAAGUCAUUUAGCAGUAUAUACCCAUGAGAUAUAUUUACAGUCAUUAGGGAAUAUGACAGGGAUUGUGACAUCAUUAACACUUUUUUUUAGAGCUACUACCUAAUUUAUUUUUAAACCUUGAUACGGACAUAGACAUUUGUAUUAUAGUACAAGUAGCAAUUAACAGAAAUGUAAACUUCUAAAUACCCAAGGUGAUCUUCCUCUGAAGAGGAAAAAUCAGUACAAAGUUACAGAGGAAAAAAUAUUUAAUACAAGGGGAGAGCUGAGUCUUAGAAAAGCAGUUUUCUUCCUUUUGUAAGGUUUUUACAUUUUAAAAGGGUAAUUCAUUUUUUCCAGUGUUUCCAAGCUUGUGCUGUUUCCUACUAGUUUUACUCGUUUUUUGUGGUUGUUUUUACUGUAAAAUUUCCCAUAUUUUGUGUGUUUUAUCUAUACUGGGAAGGAUAAUUCCCUUGUAUGUGCGUGACUGUUCUCACAAAUAUGUACUAAUUCACAGAGUUGGCUAGCUUACUUUGAAAUUGUUUCUUUAUCCCAAAACUUUCACUGAAGGGCUCUGUGAAAACUAUUAAAUAUUAUAGUCUUUGUUUUAGUAUAGAUCUCUGAAUUGUUUAAUGAAGACUGAAUAAAAAGGUUGUACAUUUAA